CAGCAGGGAAUUCUGGGGCUCGUUGCUGGCUAAGAGCCAUUGUGAUGCUGUGUUUAUUGGCGAAGUACUCUUUGAGCCUCCAUGGUCCUAUGAGAAGACCACACAGGAAGUGAGAAUGAAAUAGACCCAGGGCCAGUCCGGCACCAUGGAAAGGGCACCACCCCUUUGACGUAUUUGGGUCUUGCUUUGAGUAUAAAGUUGAAGGGGUGGGGGCAGAUUACUGCUGCUGCUUUGGAUUCUGGAAAGCUCGUUAGAAGGAAGGGAAGAACUGUUAGGUAUACUCAAGCCAGUUUAUUUUCUUCCAUAAACGUCUGGUACAAAUUGGAAGUGGGCUGGGUAGAGGAACUGACCACCUGCUACUCAGAAUUCUGUUGCACAUGUUGUGGGGUUAACCUGACAGAGGUGCGAAUUGGCCUGUGUUUCUCAACUUAAGGGUAGUUGUCGGGAUAAGAAAGAUGUUUGACAUCAUCUGGCACGUAAAGGCUGGAGACAGACUUUUUUCUGUGUGGUUUUGGAGUUAAGUGAUACCUCCCUGUCUUCCACUAGCUGUCUGGGGCUGUGGUACUCGUGAUUGGAACUGCUUUUCUUUAAAAAAACAAAACAGAACAAAAAAACUAUUAAUGAAAGUCUGCCGUGUUAACCAUGGAUGCUGAGAGGUAGCUUAGCGACCUCACCUCUGGUCUGUCCAUCCCACAGGAGGAGGGAGACUCGUAGGCCUAAGGUCUGAAGGGUUAACUUGGCAUGGUGUUGGUGCUACCAAGACAGUCCCUUGUAACCUGAAGUAGGAAGGAUGAGGACCUAACGUUUGUAAAUAUUUUGUAUUUUUAAAAGAAGUAAAUAUAUUUAUGUUUAAAGACAUCCUUUAUGAAAUAACGCCAUAGGGGUGCAGAAGUUCAGCUCAGAGUUUGGCUGCAGUGCCAGUUUGCUGUCACCGAGCAGAAGGGAGGAAGACUGCUAAGCCAUUCAGAGCCUCGGGAACCCCCAAACCGGGUCUGAUUUUAAGUUGGCAGUAAGCUGCUUGAUGUUGGCUCUUCAAGUAAGCUGCUAAGCACGUGCUCUUAGAAUCUGCUCUUUUUUUUUUUUCCUCUUACUUAGAAAAUGUCAGGCCUUAGAGCUGCAGUGUGGCCGCUGCUGCCGUGCAUGACUCAUUUGGACAUGGCCUUGUGUGCUCUUGUCUAGGCAGGCCUCCUGCUGUUUCCAGGACACCAUGAAUGCCAUUGUCGCUCUCUGUCACUUCUGUGAGCUCCACGGCCCCCGCACUCUCUUUUGCACGGAAGUUCUGCACGCCCCGCUUCCUCAGGGGGCUGGGAAUGGGGACAGCCCUGGCCAGGGGGAGCAGGCCGAGGAGGAGGAAGGCGGCAUUCAAAUGAGCAGUCGGAUCCGCGCUCACAGUCCCGCGGAAGGGGCCAGCGCAGAGUCCAGCAGCCCAGGACCCAAAAAGUCAGACAUGUGCGAGGGCUGCCGGUCCCUUGCUGCCGGACAUCCUGGGUAUAUCAGCCAUGAUAAAGAGACCUCGAUUAAAUACGUCAGUCACCAGCACCCCAACCACCCCCAGCUCUUCAGCAUUGUCCGCCAGGCCUGCGUGCGGAGCCUGAGCUGUGAGGUCUGCCCUGGCCGAGAAGGCCCCAUCUUCUUUGGGGACGAGCAGCAUGGUUUCGUGUUCAGCCACACUUUCUUCAUCAAGGACAGCCUGGCCAGGGGCUUCCAGCGCUGGUACAGCAUCAUCGCCAUCAUGAUGGACCGGAUUUACCUCAUCAACUCCUGGCCCUUCCUGCUUGGGAAGAUCCGAGGGAUCAUUGAUGAGCUGCAGGGCAAGGCGCUCAAGGUGUUCGAGGCAGAGCAGUUUGGCUGCCCACAGCGCGCCCAGAGGAUGAACACAGCCUUCACACCCUUCCUGCACCAGCGCAACGGCAAUGCGGCCCGUUCGCUGACAUCCCUGACAAGCGACGACAACUUGUGGGCAUGCCUUCACACCUCCUUUGCUUGGCUCCUGAAGGCGUGUGGCAGCCGGCUGACUGAGAAGCUCCUGGAGGGCGCGCCCACUGAGGACACCUUGGUCCAGAUGGAGAAGCUUGCAGACUUGGAAGAGGAAUCCGAAAGCUGGGACAACUCUGAGGCUGAAGAGGAGGAGAAAGCCCCUGUCCUGUCAGAGGGUGCUGAAGGGCGGGAGCUGACCAAGUGCCCAACAGAUUCGUCCUUGCUUUCGGACUGUGGAAACUGGCAGCCCCGGAAGUUGUCCGUCUUUAAGUCCCUUCGGCAUAUGAGGCAGGUUCUGGGUGCCCAGUCUUUUCGCAUGUUGGCCUGGCAUGUUCUCAUGGGGAAUCAAGUGAUAUGGAAAAGCAGAGACGCAGACCUUGUCCAGUCAGCUUUUGAGGUUCUUCGGACGAUGCUGCCAGUGGGCUGUGUCCGCGUCAUCCCUUACAGCAACCAGUACGAGGAGGCCUACCGCUGCAACUUCUUGGGGCUCAGCCCUCACGUGCAGAUCCCCGCCCACGUACUGUCCUCAGAGUUCGCUGUCGUCGUCGAGGCCCACCCAGCCCCCCGGUCUGGCCUCCACCCAGCCGGCUGCGAGGGGGACCAGUCCCUCAGCAAGUACGAGUUUGUUGUGACCAGUGGAAGUCCCGUAGCUGCGGACCGAGUUGGCCCCACCAUCCUGAAUAAGAUGGAAGCCGCUUUGACCAACCAGAACCUGUCUGUGGGCGUGGUGGACCAGUGCCUCGUCUGCCUCAAGGAGGAGUGGAUGAACAAAGUGAAGGUCCUUUUCAAAUUCACCAAGGUGGACAGUCGACCCAAAGAGGAUACGCAGAAGCUCCUGACUAUUCUCGGAGCGUCUGAGGAAGACAAUGUCAAGCUGCUUAAGUUCUGGAUGACGGGCCUGAGCAAAACAUACAAGUCGCACCUCAUGUCCACAGUCCGCAGCCCCACAGCCUCAGAGCCUCGUAAUUGACCCCACUGUGCGAAUCUGACCCCAUGUUCACCUUCGGAGAAGUACUGAUGGCCAUCUUUGCCACUGAGCUCACGGACGGGUCUCUGAUGGCAAUCACAGACUCCUUUCGUCUCUGAACUGCUGGCAUGGAGCCCUUUCCUAGCGAGCAAUGGAAACUUUUGGGGCCAGACUUUGCCCUCUGUGUGGGAUUAGGACCUGGUGUAGUUUUCGGCACCCUUCCAGAAGCUAUUUGAAUUGCUCUAACCCUGAAAAGGGCUGUGGGAAACGUGGGACAGUGGAUCCCCUGUGUUUGAGCACCCCUGUGAGAGAAGACUGAGGAGAACAUGCAUCUUACGGCUCUCAAGGAUUUAGAUCUCAAAAUUUACUGGGGAACAUGGCAGGCCAGUCCCAACCUGGGUAUUUUGGCCGCAGUAACAAACCUCUCAAGGUUCAUGUUUGAACCUUUCUAUUCUGAAAUUCAAGACUUUUCCAGGUUUUAUGAUAUGAAUGCGUGUAUGUUUUGCUGCAGUUGUGAAUUUUCAUGUAGUCAUUGUUAGCAGUCUGGUUUUGAGCUGGGAAUGGCUUCUGGGGAGGAGAAGAUGCUGCCUCAUCUUUGGGAUUCAUGUUCUGGAACCAUGUGACUACGAAGUCUUCUGGCCAUGCUCUCCUGUGGUUGCUUUGACAUUUCCCUAUGGCUUGCAGACAGGCCCCUGAUCCUUUUUACACAAAGAUGAUACUUUGCUGAAAUGUCAGAUGGAGUCAUUUGACUUCCUGACUCACUGGACGUGAAGUUUAGAAACUAAUUGUAGUUUUAUUCCAAGUCACUUUGUCCUUUAUUGCUUCUUUAAACAUUUAGAUUUGGCUACAGGUAACAAUUUUGAGAGUAUGGUGACUUAAGAUAGUUUAAUCAUCCCAAUGUGCACUUUUAAUAAGGAUUCAUGGCUUGGAGGGAUUUUUCCAGCAAUUUUGCUGAUUUGUUUAUAAUUUGUGUGUGUAUGUGUGUGUAUUUGCUUAACUUAUAUUUAACAUGGAAACUAAGUUUAUAUGACUGGGUAUCUAUCAUGCAGGAACAUUGAAACACAAUAAAGAUGUAUUUUUAUAAA